AUGUUCUUAUCCAAACCUGAUUCUGACUCCACUGUCAACACCAAGACAAGCGCCACUCAGUGCUCCGUCACAACAUCAGUCCAUUCUUCUCCGUCAUUAUACCCCACCCGCUGUCGUUCCUGGUACAAGCCUUUGGGCAGUGCCAAAGAUGAUUCGCCAGCAAGCCUCCAACUGUGGAUAUCAAUCAUGCUUCUCUGGCUCACAACAUCCUGCCCUCUCUUUCCGAGCUGUCUCUUUUGGUGGCGCCAUCUACGACUGCUGCCGCUGACAAGCCAUCAGCUUGAAGAAAAAAAAAACCUAGAAGUGUUAAGAUUAUCGAAGGAGCACCGGCCAUUAACUCUUGAACCAGUCUCCAGUAGCAAAGAGACAGUCACACCGCGCGGAUGGGUGACCUUGGUGCGCAAAUUUUUCUUCUUCUUCUUCUUCUUCUUCUUCUUCUUCUUCUUCUUCUUCUUCUUCACCAUUUCACACAAAUCUUCUUUCACUGCCGUCGACGAAGACGACGUACAACGAUGA